AUGUCUCAGCCACAGGGUUUCAUUGAUCCAGAUUAUCCUGAUUAUGUGCGUAAAUUGAAGAAAAGUUUAUAUGGCUUGAAACAGGCACCAAGAGCCUGGUUUGAUAGAUUUAAAAAUUUUCCGGUUCAAUUUGGCUUUGUCAGGUCUAUUUGUGAUUACUCAAUGUUUAUAUAUACUUCAAAUUCUUCUAUGAUAGUUCUGCUACUAUAUGUAGAUGAUAUUAUCUUAACUGGAAAUGAUGAUACUCUUAUGCAUAAAUUAGUUUCAUCUUUAAGUACUGAAUUUUCUAUGAAGCAAUUAGGGGAUCUGAGUUAUUUUUUUGGGAUUGAAGUAACAAGAACAGUGAACUCUAUGGUAUUAACACAGAAAAAGUAUGUUUUAAAAUUACUUACUAAGGCAAAUAUGUUGGAUUAUAAACCUUCUAAUACUCCAGUUGUAAAGAAAUCUAGAGCUUCAAUACAUGAUGGAGUUUUACUUGACAAUGCCGCAGAAUAUAGAACUUUGGUGGGCAGCUUACAAUAUUUAACUAUGACAAGACCUGAUAUUACUUAUGAAGUGAAUUAUGUUUCUCAAUUCAUGCAUGCUCCAACAGACAUACAAUUCUUAUUAGUUAAAAGAAUUGUCAGAUAUUUGAAAGGUACUAUUAGAUUGGGAAUUACUUUGAGAAAAUGUGAUAAUUCUUUAGUGACAGCUUUUACUGACUCUGAUUGGGCUGGUUUCCCUGAUACAAGGAGGUCAACAUCAGGAUAUGCAGUUUUUAUAUGCAAAUAUUUGAUUUCCUGGUCCAGUAAGAAACAACCCACUGUGUCAAGAUCAUCUGCUGAGGCAGAGUACAAGUGUUUGUCAGUUACUGCAUCUGAAUUGGAAUGGUAG